AUGGCAAAGGAGACAAGAAAGAAGUGUAAUAAAAUGACUGUUUAUGCAAACGGGGUUUCGGUAUUGAUGCCAGGAGACGAUGUCCCUACGUUCAUCGCUCAUCCAGCGCCUGUGCCUUGUCCUCCUCAACCCAUCUCGCAGUCUCAGAAUCAACCUAGCUCAUCAAGAGAUUCUUCCAACUCAAACUCCAUUCAAGAAUGUUGA